AUGGCUUCCUCGAGUGAAAGUUCUGAUGAAGACUUGGAAAAAUUUGCAGCUAUAGCUGGUAUUGUCGACACUGGUAAAAUAACUCUCGUUUUUUGUGAAAAUAUAUUAGGCUUAAAAUAAUACAGUUGUCUGUAAUAUUCUGAAAACAUUGUUUGUUUUUGUUUCCUUAUAAACAUCAUUUAGAGGUAUCUAAAAAGGGCGAUUCGGAUAAUUCCCGUGCAAGCUCGAAACCUCGCACUAAGCCAAGUUUGAGGUUAGUUCUGGCUGUAUUUGUUUUCAAAAAUAACCCAAGAUCUUCAAAAGAACCGCGCGAUUCCGUAUUUUUUGAUGUUGAUCAGAAUUUCAUUUCUCCAUAUGCAUUAUCAGAUAUCAUUGGCUUUCCCAGGGGUUUACUCCCGGGACACUCCCUCCCAGGGGUUCACUCCUGGGACACUCCUGGGGAUUUGUAUGUAGGGUGAAAAAGCCCCAGGGUAUGGGGUAUAAAUAGCAGACAUAACUCCUCUGCCUGGUUCAGAGACCUAAGAAUAUAAUGUACAGUAUUUAUCAGCCAUAAGGCCCCUGAAGAGAAAAAUGUGUGCUCAAGAUACUGAGAAAGCACAGGACACUGCCUAAGAGCAGGCAGUUACUGGCAAUUAUAUCAAGCAAGUCUGUUUUCUAUUUGACCUGUUGCUUGCAUAUUUAUGUUUCAGUAUGGUUUGGUAACACCACACUGGUGCCAGAGCAAAUGUAAAAAUACUAAGAAUACCAACUUUUGAAGAAUCCUGUGAGGCUAAGCCAAGGGCUUUUGUUGUUUGUUAGCCGAAGACGUACAAUGCUCCAAAAAUUGCCCUUUCACCUCUCCCUCUCCUGCCUCAGAAGAGCAGAGCUGAAGAUUAAUGUGACUGACCCCAAAGGGUCUGGUGCCUACCUUAGCUUUACAAACCAGUUUUACCACCUGAAUUGCUGGUCCCUAUUUGUGGUGAUGAAAGUUUGUGCCUUAUAGAUAUUUUUUUUCCCUUACUGCAGACACUGGAGGGAGGAUGAAGACACUGUCUUUUCAACCUCGGAGUUAAUAACUCCUGAAUUUAGACAACAUGUUGCAAAGAAGCUCUCAAAAUUUCUUGACAGCAGCUAUAUCUGGUAAAUGUUGUUGCUGUUUACAAUAACUAUCAUCUAUCAUCUACUCUCAGAGGGUAGGUGUUGCAGCUGUGACUUCCAGUUAUUCACCCCCCACCAGAUUGCCUUUAACAUUGUUAUGCAUAUGACGAAACUGGAGGCUUGUGAUGUUACCCCAAUUGGUUACCAUAUUGCCCGAGUCUGACCGCCUUUUUUUAUCCAAUAAAAGUGGUGACUUAGCCGGGUUUUUUGUCCUUUCAAGAAAACACAAUAUAUGCAGCUCUGUGUGUGGGCCUUUCAGCACUAAAUCUCAGUGACAAGAUCCCUUUAUUAAUUUUUUUACAUCUUUUUUCUUGUUUGCACUGUUAGUACUCAAGAGGCUGAACAAAAUGGCUAUCACAAUAAUUCACAUAAGUCAUCUGGGAUCAAACUGCUGUCGACUUCCAGCCAAAGGUUAGGAGAAGAAUCUGUACAGGAAAUAUCAACAACAAACAAGACAAAGAAGAAUAGGAAGAACUGUUCAAGCAGCAGUGAAAGGUAUGCUUACAAGAAUAUUAGGGAGCUUAAGCAACUACGAAAACAACCACAACAAAAAAAUAAUAGGUUUAAUGAUCAAAACAACAGCUCUGUAUGUGCAUCACACUUUUUAGUUCAUUUCCUUGAAGUCCACUGCAAGACUACGACGUGAAACCUCCUAAUUUUCCGCUUCAUGGAGGACGUAAACAUGCAACAAUGAAUUUUCCUUCCUCUUUUUGAACCUGAGUAAAAUCCUUAAGAAUUCAACUCCAGGAUAAGUCACCUGCAUUUGACAUAUUAAGCAGGUCCAAAUAGACGCGAUUAAGUUUUAAAGAAUGCAAAUUCAUUUUUUCACCAACGUUUUCACUGCUGUCCUCGUCNUAUUCACCCCCCACCAGAUUGCCUUUAACAUUGUUAUGCAUAUGACGAAACUGGAGGCUUGUGAUGUUACCCCAAUUGGUUACCAUAUUGCCCGAGUCUGACCGCCUUUUUUUAUCCAAUAAAAGUGGUGACUUAGCCGGGUUUUUUGUCCUUUCAAGAAAACACAAUAUAUGCAGCUCUGUGUGUGGGCCUUUCAGCACUAAAUCUCAGUGACAAGAUCCCUUUAUUAAUUUUUUUACAUCUUUUUUCUUGUUUGCACUGUUAGUACUCAAGAGGCUGAACAAAAUGGCUAUCACAAUAAUUCACAUAAGUCAUCUGGGAUCAAACUGCUGUCGACUUCCAGCCAAAGGUUAGGAGAAGAAUCUGUACAGGAAAUAUCAACAACAAACAAGACAAAGAAGAAUAGGAAGAACUGUUCAAGCAGCAGUGAAAGGUAUGCUUACAAGAAUAUUAGGGAGCUUAAGCAACUACGACAACAACCACAACAAAAAAAUAAUAGGUUUAAUGAUCAAAACAACAGCUCUGUAUGUGCAUCGCACUUUUUAGUUCAUUUUCCUUGAAGUCCACUGCAAGACUACGACGUGAAACCUCCUAAUUUUCCGCUUCAUGGAGGACGUGAACAUGCAACGAUGAAUUUUCCUUCCUCUUUUUGAACCUGAAUAAAAUCCUUAAGAAUUCAACUCCAGGAUAAGUCACCUGCAUUUGACAUAUUAAGCAGGUCCAAAUAGACGCGAUUAAGUUUUAAAGAAUGCAAAUUCAUUUUUUCACCAACGUUUUCACUGCUGUCCUCGUCGUCCUUGCUUAAGGUCCCUAUUUCCUCAUUUAAAAAGAUAGGCCCAGGGCAAAAUGAAAAAAGCAAUUUUUCAUUUUUCCUAGAACAUCCCCCCCAUGGGAAUCAAAAUUCAAAAAGACUUACUCUCUUGGUUGUUUUUUUGUUUGUUUGUUUUUUUCUUAUCCUCUGACAAAGGUCUGGCAUUCAUAGUGAAAGUUACUGAAACUAUUUUCACUUUUAACUUCUCAUUGUUUUCCAGUGAUACAGAUGAAGAAGAAAUUAACCGUUUAGCAGAAGCAGCUGUUUCUGGUCACUCUAUCAUCAAAAAUGGUAAGGUCACCUUGCACCUAGCCACUAAAAAGAGGUUGGAAUGUGCUUUGUUCUCCGCUUGUAUUUUGUCAUUUGUGGGGGGUGUUAAAUUUAAUGCUAAUAAACAGAAAGGUUUGCAUAAUAAAGUGCAAUAAAGGCUUCAACUCAUAACCUAGACCACUCAAAGGAAAACUGCCAUUUUUAGCUAGUUGAGCCCUUUUCCUGACCAUCACGUAGCAACUAAAUGAGCGUUAUUUGUUAUUGGAUAAGCAGAAAUGUAGGCAAACUUGGUCCUUAGUCUUACCAUAUCUCUUAUUCGAUGGCCUUUUUCUCUACUCUCGAGAUAGCGCUAGAGGUGUAGAUAUCACAAGUGUGGAUUAUUAAAGCUGCAGAGUACCCUUCCUGCCUUUUUUUCCCCAUUCUUCUAUCCUCAUGUUUUAAAAACGACAAAUAAACAUACCUCAUGUUUUAUAUUCCACAUUGGCAAGAAAUUCCUGGGGAGCACACCACGCCCCUCACCCCACUAUUUACAGGCCUAUCCAUUUUAUCAACAAUUAUUUCCCAUUAUAUCCCCUGGUUGUAGGCUCAAAUAAGUCAUGUAUUUGGCGCCAGUUUCUCGAUAGGUGGAUAACUCUUUCCUCCUCCUUAGGCCUUUCUCGGAUCACUAAUGAGAUUGGAACGUGGGCGGGUCUCUGGGGGUACUUCCAGAAAAACUGGUUAGGGGUGUGCCGCACGCUUCCUGAAACCCUUACCCUAUUUCAGACCAAAAUCUGUGAUUUUCCCUACCCUAUUUCAGACCUGAUCAAAAAUUUGAUACCCUAUUUCAGACCUGCCUUAUAAUCAGUUCCCUAGGUCAGACCAAUGUUAAAGGCAAUGUUUAUACGCUUUUAUUGGGUAGGAUACAAAACUGUACAAAGUUUCAAGCUUAAAAUUCCACACUAAAAAACACGUUGAAUAAUGCGCCGUCAUAAAUACAGAAUACGUGCCUACCUAACGUUAAUAUGAUGACUAAUAUACUAUAUACAGGAACAAUACAAUAGUGUAUUUUACGAACCGUAAUCUUGGAAUACAGGAAUUCAAAGUAGCUUCUUCCAAAAAACAUACCAGAAACUCUGAACAUACCCAANCACGCUUCCUGAAACCCUUACCCUAUUUCAGACCAAAAUCUGUGAUUUUCCCUACCCUAUUUCAGACCUGAUCAAAAAUUUGAUACCCUAUUUCAGACCUGCCUUAUAAUCAGUUCCCUAGGUCAGACCAAUGUUAAAGGCAAUGUUUAUACGCUUUUAUUGGGUAGGAUACAAAACUGUACAAAGUUUCAAGCUUAAAAUUCCACACUAAAAAACACGUUGAAUAAUGCGCCGUCAUAAAUACAGAAUACGUGCCUACCUAACGUUAAUAUGAUGACUAAUAUACUAUAUACAGGAACAAUACAAUAGUGUAUUUUACGAACCGUAAUCUUGGAAUACAGGAAUUCAAAGUAGCUUCUUCCAAAAAACAUACCAGAAACUCUGAACAUACCCAAUUCAAGAGUAGAGUGCACAAACCAUACCCUAUUUCAGACCAAAAUGAUCAAAAUUGAUACCCUAUUUUGGACCCAAACGUCUAAAACACCAUACCCUUUGGCGCCGCACAUACCUAUAUAGCCUAUAUAAGGGAGUACCCCCCGGGGGGGAGGGGCAGGUAGGCUAGAGUUCCUUAGAUCAAGCGAUCGCUAGCAAAAGGUGAAUGGUAGGGUUGGCUCUGUUCUACUAGUAAGUGUCAACAAAAUUAGUGACAAAAAUCUUAGUAUCAGGGGAUGGUUUCUCUAAAGUCCCGGAUUCAAAAGAUACGUGGGUCCUAGCUAACUAACCAGGCCAUUUUGUUUUGUUAAGUGAUAGUUUUGUCGUGUUAUCUACAAAAUCACCGAAACCUAUAUCUUGAAUACUAAUAACAACAGCUUUACGGGCCCGUUAUAGCCUGUACACACACGCUGAUUUAUUUAUCGGCAGUUUUGAGAAACGGUCCUCUUAAGGGAAAGUGCUGAGGAGAUUUCAUAGUGAGAUUACCCAGUGAAGAGCCACUCAAAUAACAUGCUUUUCCUGUCAACAGUUUCCACAGGAAACCAAGAAGGAACUGAAACAGAUGAAGAAACCACAGAAAACAGCAGCGUUAAAAAAAAGAAAGAAAAGAAGAGGAAAAAAGAAAAGAAGAAACAAAGACUCGAAAUAGAAACCGAACACAAGAAGAAGCAUAAGAAACGCAAAAAAUACAAACUCAAAGAAGAAACUUGA